CCGCCUAAACUUUCUAGGAGUGCCAAACAAGCCCUGAUCGUCUCACAUCUGCGGGCCACGGGGACGUGCCACACCCUGAAGGAUCUGGAGAAGAUGAUCCCAUCGGUGGCCUCGAUUAAUGGAAUGCAGGUGAAGGAGUACAUUCAAGAAUUGAUGGAUGAGGGACGGAUCCGGGUCGAAAAGAUUGGCAGUGGGAAUUGGUAUUGGUGUUUUGGGGGAGAGGAGAAGAAAGAGCGCGAGGAGCGGAUCCGGAGGUUACGGAGGGAGGUGGAUCGGGUCCGAGAGAGUUGGGAAGAUGCGGAGGCUAGAUUGUCUGCGCGGAAGCAGGCCAGAGUGCAGGAAGAGGCCGAAGAGGAGCAUGGGGAUGGGAAUGGGAAUGGGAAUGGUGAGGAAGAGCGCCGGAGAUUGAUGGAGCGAAAGGCUGUGCUCGAGCGGGAGACACAUCAACUGCAGGGGGAGUGGAUGGCGUUGGCGACAAGUCCGGAGGGGAAAAGCUUACCGCAGAUUAAAGAGGAGACGGAGGAGUAUCGGCGACUGGCACAUCAGUGGACGGAUAACAUCUACAUCUUGGAAGGGUAUGUGGAUAAGGUGACCGGAGGGGAUCGGGAAGUGUUGCGGAUGGUGCAGCGGGAAUGUUAUGGGGAAGAAUACGUGGAGGGGGAAGGAUUGCGUGAGCUGGAGAUGGAGAUGUAG